UACCAUUGAGUACGAGACACCCUAUAUAUUGUUCCUUUUUUGGCCUACUGACUUAUCAUUGCGAUAAAAUUUCAAACCUUUGUGUAAUUUCUGCCAAUUAUUGAUAUAGCGAAAUGAAAUCAAACAUCAAACCGUCCAGGGGCCCCCACUUUUUUAAAUCCGGCACUGCCACAGUCACAUACUGGGCAGGACAGACCUGGCAGUGUGCGUUGGGAGUGGGACUGCUUGAGUGUGUUGUGCAAAAGCUACGAGCUGACACCGCUGGCUGGUGGCUGACAUCACGGGUGCUGAUCUGCGCAGAUCCGCACAAACAAAAAAAGAGAAAAGGUGCAAUCGGUGUCGCAAGUGACGCCACUGGCGACAGUCAGCGGCCGCUCGUCGAUCGGAGCGGAGGUUGGUGUCGCACACCUGGCGUUGCGUCACGAAGUGUUCUGGUUCGGUGCGCCUUCCUGUCACUUUUGCGAGGGAAUAGCAAUCCAGACAAGAAGGAAUAAACAUACGCGAAGAUGAGCGAGAAGACUGAGCACAUCGUUAUGACGCCGAAAUGCAAGACGGCGAACUCCACGACGUUGAUAAUCGAGAGGCAGGCGCUGGAGCCGCCGGCGGAGAACGGGAACGAGAACAACGUCCACGUCGCCGGCGGGGAUCACAAGGGGAUUGUCAUCAACAAGCAGGCUGUGGCCGUGACAAACGGUGAGGUGCAUCCCGCCCAGCUGUGCCUGCAAUUCAGGGUGUUCCUGGUGAGCGCGCAAACCGGGAAGCACACGCAGGAGCAGAGGACCCUCCAGUUCUGGUUCGUCGACAGGCUCGCCGAGGCGGAGCAGCCGAGCGUCGCGCAAGAAUUUUUCAGAGAGCUCGUCACACCGCAGGAGUUUCCGAGAGAUUACGUCGGGUUUAUCAAAAAGAUAAUGAAAUUGAUGCAACAUAAGUAUCCCAAUAUUAAAAAACUAGAGGUGGAAUUGAGACAAUUGGAAGAGCCGAUCACCCUACCGAGCAGGCCAUCUACUGGUCACUUACUAUUCACACUUCCUUCCUCUGAGAAAAUUAUGUGGAGAUCAGUAUCCACAGACGAAACCGUCAUGGGUCAAGUGAUUGAGCUAACGGUAGAAAAAGUUCUGGAGCUUAUCGAGUCUGCCUAUCCGAAUCCAGUUACUGUGGUUGACAUGGCGAAGGAACACGGAUGGGAGCCGUCAGCUGUGGAGGCUAAAUUAAAAGAGCUUCAAGAGAAAGGGCUUGUUAAAGCAAUGGAUCAUGGGGCUUUCACGCGUGUUGUCCACGAAGAUACUCAAGUUCAAGUGGUAAAGCAGAUGCCAACGAUGGCAAGCGCGAAACAACCCACCAUAGCUAUCAUUACAGCUCAAUAUUGUGAAAAACUUGCUGUGGAUUCGUUGAUUGAAAGCAAGGAAACCUUUGUUCGCUACACUACCGUUGGUACCGCAAGCUCACCAGACGCGAUAGACGGAGUUCCGCGGGUGAUAUGCCGUUUUGGGGAAUCAAACGUAUAUACUCUGGGCAAUAUCGGUACGCAUAGGAUUGUGUGCACUAAACUGCCAACUGUAGGCCACACCAGGGAAGCAAUGACCGCAGCUGGCAAUACUACUACUAGAUUGUUGGGUACAUUCCAAAAGGUGGAUUUUGUCUUUCUCGUCGGAGUCGGCGGUGGUGUUCCUCAUUAUACAGAUUACAAUAAACACGUGCGAUUGGGCGACGUGGUGAUAUCGCAUCCGACGCCGCUCAAUAAGAAGUAUGCUUACGUUUACUGCGAAAGUGCCAAAAUGAACGAGAGCGGGAACUAUCAUUUUGAGACCAAGGAAUAUUGCCCGCCGAAUCUCAGUCUUCAAGAAAUCGCGGCGACUCUCAAGAAACAGGCUGAAAACGAGACAUUUCCGCCGUGGCAGACGUACAUGAAGGAAGGUUUGCAGAAUCUGGUGAAUCAAUCGGAACAUGAUUUUAACGCGCCACCACCAGAAUCCGAUAAGCUUUACAUGGCUAUUGGAGAGAGGGACGUCAUCGAAGUGUCUCAUCCAACCGCUCCUCUAGAUUCCAUAAAUAAACGAACCGAUGGAUGCUCUCGAAUUCAUCUAGCGCCAGUGGCGUCCGGUCGGCAAGUCGCGCGAGACGAUCAACUUAGACAAAAGUUCGCGACUCGAUUCGGCGCGCUCGCAUUUGAUGCCGAGAUGGAUGCCGUCGUGGAGAGCAUCUUAGGCAAUUGCCGCGAGAAUUUCGCUGUAAUCCGCGGAAUUGCCGAUUACAAGGACGGCACCCGAAUCAAAGAAUGGCAGCCUUACGCGGCACUGGCGGCAGCCAGCGUGAUGAAAGCUAUAAUCUGCGCUAUGGAUCCACCUACUAAUGACUAAUAUCGCAUCUCGUCUAGUUUUUCUGAUUUCAUUUUGGCGUAAGAACGCAACGCGCAUAAUUUUUUGUAGGACAAAGGACGGGGUCUAAAAUCAAAACAGCACAAUAUAUAUUGCACAAUUAAGUAAAAAAAAGAUAAACUAAAAUUUUGGUAGGUUUCUUAAUUAAUAUUUAAAGAUAAAUGGAAAGUUGCGCAAUACUUUAUCUUAGAAUUAUAACGCGCUGCACUCCAAUCUUUUAUUAUCUUUUUUUUUAGUGCCAUUUUUACAAACGCUUAUUUGACAAUAUUUUUUUCGAAGGUAUUUUUAUCCGAUUAUAUUAUUGACAUUGAAAUCAAGAUAGUUAAGCAUUUUCGAGAAUGUCAAGAAAAAUAUUUGACCGUUGGUCAUUUUUUACUUGAACUUUUUAUGCAUCAAAGCUCGGAAAGAAACAGUGCCAUUAUUAUUUCCUAUAAUAAUUGGCGCAUAACACGUUGUAACUGUUGCAACGAGACAUUUUUUUUCUUUGCGAAAAUAAACUUACGUAGAUUAGUGGACUUACCUUAAAGGGGUGUGUGUUACAAACACAUAUGUGACCAUGUGACCUAUUCCGAGAGUAAUGAAACUUUUAAAACUUAUAUUGACAGCGUUGGGUGCAAAUACAAUAAUUAUACUUAAGCUUGAUUCAUCUCAAAUACAUUGAGACGCGCAUUUCUGUUCACUAGAUUGGGUAAAACGUACAAACAUAGUAACAGAGUGUUUUGGAAGUACAUCAUGAAAAUGGAAUGGAAGAACUAUUGAACAACUUUAUGCCAUCAAAUUUUAUGUUAAAUUCAAUGAAUGUGCGACAAAAAGUUAAGAAAAGAUUAUGGAAGCCAAGCCAAAUUUCCCAUUGGCAGUAAUAAAGUGUUUACGAAAAGACGAGAAACUUGUCACGGGACAAGGCUUAGUCGAAGAGUUUUUGAUAUAUUAAUCCAGGUGGUGAAUUUGCGUCUUCAACCUCUCUUGAAUCCCAUUAUUUCACUUUUAUUAUCUCAAGAUUAUAUUACUUUUUCUAUUCCUUUUCCGAUUUGUUUCCUCCUCUUUCCGUAUCCUUAAAAAAUUUCAAAAAAAUUUUAUAAAGAUGAUGCAAUAUUUGGACCGAACCGAAACAUGUCCAUCCCGACCGAAUUGUCAAACCAGACUCGUAUAAGGCCUUUAUAAGUGUUUCUUAACUUUUCAAGUGUUAAUUUCAUUUCGUUGAGUUUAACAUAAUAUUUGAUGGCGUAAUAUACGUUUAACAUUCUUCUGUUCCAUUUUCGUGAUUUUUAAAAAACACUUACUAAUCUUGUAAUUACUUUUCAUACAACUGAUGAACAGAAAUGCACAUAAUCUCAAUGCUUAGGAAGAAUUAAACUUAAAAAUAAUUAAAUAUUUUUGUUUUUUAUCUAGCUGCCAACAUAAGUUUUAAAAAUCAAUCUCAUUACUUUCGAAACAGAUCACAUAUCAUUCAUUUGCUACAACAAUGUAACUCAAAAAACAAAAUUUUUUAGUUUAAAUGUUUUAAAUCAUAAAAAUUCACACAUAUAGAAAUCUGUGUUAAAAUUUUGUGUCAAUAUUUUUUAAUGUAAUUUUGGUAUUACAAUUUGGUCUACUUAUUGUAAAGGAAAGUAUUAUUAGCUUUUCGUUCAAUUCUCAUCCAGAAUUCCCUUUUCUUCGCGGAUGACUUAAAAAUUACAAUUUUUGAAUCAAGUUAUUGUUGGAGCAAAUGAGCGAUAUACGUUCGACUUUGAACACCAAACAAUCAGAGGCAACAAAGACUAAUGACGCUUUAAAGGAUCAUUCUCUAGAUAGGUAAUGAAUUUAAAUAGUAACUAUCUAAACUUAAUCUAAUAGUGCUACCGUUACAUUCGUACUUGCUAUGAUUAGGAUGAUUAGACAUUGCACCAGGUCCAAACGAGAUACCAGUUAGACAAAUUAUAAACUGUUCUAGUGGUAGGUAUGGUAGACGCAACCGGAACUGAAAGUACACUUAACAGUAUUUAUCAAAUCGAAAUGAAAUUGUCGUUACAGUAUAUCGCUGAGUAAUUAUUAAAUGUUUACCAGAGUA